AGCACUGGCCCGCUAGCACCAGCCACCGCAGGGUCCCGCGGAGCCGGCUCCGGGGCAGCCGAGUGAGCGCGGCGGCCGGGUAGGGGCGGCAGGAUGAAGUUCGCCGAGCACCUCUCCGCGCACAUCACGCCCGAGUGGCGGAAGCAGUACAUCCAGUAUGAGGCUUUCAAGGAGAUGCUGUAUGCAGCUCAGGACCAGGCCCCUUCUAUAGAAGUCACAGACGAGGACACAGUGAAGAGGUAUUUUGCCAAGUUUGAGGAGAAGUUCUUCCAAACCUGUGAGAAGGAACUUGCCAAAAUCAACACUUUUUAUUCAGAAAAGCUUGCAGAAGCUCAGCGCAGGUCUGCUACCCUUCAGAAUGAACUACAGUCAUCUUUGGAUGCACAGAAAGAAACUAGUGGUCUUACCACAGUGCGGCAGCGCCGAAAGGCAGUCUUCCACCUGUCCCACGAGGAGCGUGUUCAGCAUAGAAACAUCAGAGACCUAAAACUGGCCUUCAGCGAGUUCUACCUCAGCCUCAUCUUACUGCAGAACUAUCAGAACCUGAACUUCACAGGAUUCCGUAAGAUCCUGAAGAAGCAUGACAAGAUCCUGGAGACACCCCGGGGUGCAGAUUGGCGGGUGGCCCAUGUGGAGGUGGCACCAUUCUAUACUUGCAAGAAAAUCAACCAGCUCAUCUCUGAAACAGAGACAGUGGUGACCAAUGAGUUAGAAGAUGGAGACAGACAGAAGGCCAUGAAGCGUUUACGUGUCCCACCCUUGGGAGCUGCUCAGCCUGCACCAGCAUGGACCACUUUCAGGGUUGGCUUGUUCUGUGGCAUAUUCAUUGUGCUGAACAUCACUAUCAUACUUUCAGGUGUGUUUUUUAUAGAUGGACCAAAUGUGUGGCCACUGGUGAGAAUCUAUCGAGGUGGCUUUCUCCUGAUAGAAUUCCUCUUCCUCCUGGGUAUCAAUACAUAUGGCUGGAGGCAUGCAGGAGUGAAUCAUGUCCUCAUCUUUGAACUCAAUCCCCGCAGCAAUUUGUCCCAUCAGCAUCUCUUUGAGAUUGCUGGAUUCCUUGGGAUGUUGUGGUGCCUGAGCCUGCUGGCAUGUAUAUAUGGCAAAUUUACCCAUGUCCCUAUGCAGGUGAAUCCACUCAUCUUGUAUGGAUUCAUGUUGCUUUUCCUCAUCAACCCCACCAAAACUUUGUACUACAAGUCCCGGUUUUGGCUGCUGAAACUGUUGUUCCGGGUGUUCACAGCCCCCUUCCAUAAGGUAGGCUUCGCGGAUUUCUGGCUGGCCGAUCAGCUCAACAGCUUGGCUGUGAUACUUAUGGACCUGGAAUACAUGAUCUGUUUCUACAGCUUUGAGCUCCAGUGGGACAACAAUGCCGGACUGUUGGCAGAUGCAGGUGAUCAGAUUUGUAACAGCUACUCCUACGGAGUGCGAGCAGUUGUCCAGUGCAUCCCUGCUUGGUUGCGUUUUAUCCAGUGCCUGCGCCGUUACCGUGACACCAAACGGGCCUUUCCUCAUCUGGUUAAUGCUGGCAAAUACUCCACCACCUUCUUCAUGGUGACAUUUGCAGCUCUUUACAACACUCACAAAGCUCAAAACCACAGCGACACCCAAGUGUUCUUCUACCUGUGGAUUGUCUUCUAUUUAAUCAGCUCCUUCUACACCCUUAUUUGGGACCUGAAGAUGGACUGGGGUCUCUUUGACAAGAAUGCUGGUGAAAAUACCUUCCUUCGGGAAGAGAUCGUCUAUCCACAGAAAGCCUAUUACUAUUGUGCCAUUGUGGAGGAUGUAAUCCUGCGCUUUGCCUGGACCAUCCAGAUCUCCCUCACUUCCAUGCAAGUCUUUCCUUAUGCUGGGGACAUCAUCUCUACUGUGUUGGCACCACUUGAGGUUUUCCGGCGGUUUGUGUGGAAUUUCUUCCGUCUGGAGAAUGAGCAUCUGAACAACUGCGGUGAAUUCCGUGCUGUCCGGGACAUCUCAGUGGCACCAAUGAAUGCUGAUGACCAGACACUACUAGAGCAGAUGAUGGACCAGGAAGAUGGUGUCCGAAACCGCCAGAAGAACAGGGUGUGGAAGUGUAGCCAAAGCAUGUCCCUGCGUCGACCUAAUCUUUCUUCACAAUCCAAGGCUCGUGACACCAAGAUAUUGAUAGAAGACACAGAUGACGAAGCAAACACAUGAAAUGUCCACAGAGUCUAGUUCCACAUCCCUUAUUUUCUUGGUUUAUUACCCUUUCCCCGACCAAUCCAACCUCUGGUACAGUUCCAGCUGAAAACAGGAGAAAACACUGGACACAUUUUCCGAGCUCUUCCGGACCGGAUCCUAUGGACUCCAACAAGCUCACUGUGUUUCUUUUCUUCUGGUUUAAUUUUCAUUUUCUAUUUUUAAAAUAAAUAUUUACUUCGUUUUGCCAAUCAGAGGACAGUUAAGGAAAGAAGUAUCUAAGAAUUGUUUACAAUCACAACAAGGACACAAAACCCUAUCGGGAUGAAGAACAAGCAUCACAGGGACUCCCUGAUGGGACAGCACCGAGAAUACACUCGGCUUCUGCUUGGCCUGGUUUCGACUGGUUGAAACCGGACUUGGGUUUUUAAAUUUGUGUUUUGUUUUUUUCUUUCCUUCAUAUCCAGCGCUGAGGCACUGGCUGCACUUGCAGGGAAAGUGCACUUAGAGCAGUACCUUCAUUCACGAAGCUACUUUUUAAUUUGAUGUAACUUUUCUUAUAAUUUUUUUGGAAAUAUGAUGUAUUUGUUGCAUACAGUUUUCACAUUAUUUAUGAAACUUAACAUCCAUAUGAGAAUGAUUUUUUGAGUCCUGUGCAAUGAAGGCGAUAACAGUAAAACAAGGCAGGGGGAUGUAGAUCUGGAUCUCCUUUAUGAGGGUUAUGCCCUGCAAAUGUCUCUUUCAUGAGAUAAUUUGCACCAGUUUGACCCUUUUUCUCUUCAGUUUAGUUUUAUUUAUAAACAAAAGUUUUUCUUUCUGGUUUUAGUUGCUGCUGCUUCAGAAGCCUGAGUGUGUUUCGCAUACCAGUUCGUGCUCAUCUUUCCACAUGGCCGUGCAAAGAUAGUGCAAAUGAUUCUGUUUUAAAGGAGAGUUGUAAUAAAUCUUGCCACAAGACAAAACACCCAGGCAAAAAAAAAAGGGUGGGGGGGUUGGUGUAUAGGUUAAGAACUUUUUUUUCAAAGCCUUAAUCUUCAUGAGAUAAGGUUAGAGUACUGUGCACCCUGUCAAAUAGGGAGCUUUUCCAUUGUUCCGCUUCAGCUAACUACCGCAAAAAUAAAAGUGGACAAGAUGAGGACAUGA